CUCACACACUCACUCACACCCUUCUCGCAGCUCACCUCCUCCCACUCCCACCAUGGCUGACACCUGCUGCUCCGGGACCUGUGUUCCAGCUGCGUCCACCGUGUCCAUCUGCUCCAGCGACAGGAGCUAUGGCAGCCGCGUCUGCCUGCCCAGCGCUUACACUGGCUCCUCCUGGGAGGUGGAUGACUGCUCCAAGAGCCACUGUGAGCCCACCAGCUGUACCUCUACCUGUCAUCAGCCCACCUGCUGUGCUCCCAACUGCUCCACCCCAGCCCACUGCCUGAUCCUCGUCCGCACCCCCGUGAGCCCCUGCUGCCAGGCAGCCUGUGGGUCCAGCCCCAGCCAAUCGGUCGGCACCAGCUCCUGUGAACCCUCCUGCUGCCAACAGUCUAGCUGCCAGCCUGCAUGCUGCACACCCUCCCCCUGCCAGCAGGUCUGCUGCAUACCCGUCUGCUGCAAGCCUGUCUGCUGCAAGCCAGUCAGUUGUGUGCCCGUGUGCUGUGGGGCCACCCCCUGCCCAGCUCCCUACUGUUGCCAGCAGUCUAGCUGCCAGUCUGCAUGCUGCACUCCCUCCCCCUGCCAGCAGGCCUGCUGCAAGCCGGUCAGUUGUGUGCCUGUCUGCUGUGGGGCUGCCCCCUGCCCAUCCCCCGCGUGCAGCCAGCCGCCUGCCUGCACCCCUUCCUCCUGCUGCAGACCCUCCUCCAGCAUGUCCCUGCUCUGCCGCCCUGUGUGCAAGUCCACCUGCUGUGUGCCCACCUCCUCCUGCUGUGCCCCCACCUCCUCCUGCGUGCCCCUGCUCUGCCGCCCCGUGUGCCCCCGCCCAGCCUGCUGUGUCCCCUCAUCUGGCCAGAAGUCCUGCUGCUGA